CCGUGCAGGAUGGUGUGGGGUGUAGAGGUCACUAGUUAGCUGUGUGAAGUUGGGCAUGCUGAGCAAGAGAGUGGAUGAAACAUGAUCCGGCAGUUCAAAGCGGGGCUCCUACUGAGCCGUGUUCUUUAUCGGAAUCCAAGGAGAUGGCAGGGAAGUUUGGCAAAUGAAAGAGCGUUACAGUAUAAACCUGGAGACACCAUACAUGGAUUUACAGUAAACGAGGUUUCACCUGUCCCGGAGUUUGCUUUAACUGCUGUGAAGCUCAGCCAUGAGGGCACAGGCGCAAAGUACCUGCACGUCGCCAGAGAGGAUUCCAAUAACCUGUUCAGUGUCCAAUUUCGGACGACCCCCAUGGACAACACGGGCGUCCCUCAUAUACUGGAACACACUGUGCUGUGCGGCUCCCAGAAGUACCCGUGUCGGGACCCGUUCUUCAAGAUGCUUAACAGAUCAUUGGCCACGUUCAUGAACGCAUAUACAGCGAGUGACUUCACACUGUAUCCCUUCUCAACGCAAAAUCCCAAGGACUUCCAGAAUCUCAUGUCGGUUUAUCUGGAUGCUGUGUUCUUCCCCGUUUUAAGGGAACUGGAUUUUUGGCAAGAAGGAUGGAGGCUGGAACACGAGGAUCCGUCUGAUCUGAAUUCUCCAUUAAUCUUCAAAGGCAUUGUCUUUAAUGAGAUGAAGGGAGCAUUUACCGAUAAUGAGAGAGUAUUCGCUCAGCAACUGCAGAAUAAGCUCCUUCCUGACCAUACGUACGCUGUCGUGUCAGGUGGAGAACCAAUAAACAUUCCAGAUCUCACGUGGGAGCAACUCAAGCAUUUCCAUGCCACCCAUUAUCACCCAAGCAAUGCAAGAUUCUUAACAUACGGGAACUUUCCGUUGGAACUGCAUUUGAAACAAAUACACAAUGACGCUCUGAGCAAGUUCGGAAGAAUAAACGCUGACAGCGAGGUUCCAGCACAAGAGAAGUGGAAGUCUCCUAGGGAGUACCACGUAACGUGUGGCGUUGACUCGUUUGCUGCGGAUCCAGCGAAACAGACCAUGGUCAGCCUCAGCUUCCUGCUGUCUGACAUCACAGACGCAUUUGAAGCUUUCACGUUAAGCUUUCUGUCCGCGCUGUUGGUCGAUGGACCCAAUUCUCCUUUCUACGAAGCCUUAAUUGAAGCCAAACUUGGGACCGAUUUCUCUCCUGAUACGGGAUUUAACAGUUCCACUCGAGACACGUACUUCAGCAUUGGGUUACAGGGAAUCUCUCAGGACGAUGUUGAAACUGUGAAAAAUAUAAUUUACAAGACCAUCGAUGAGGUUAUUGAGAAUGGAUUCAAACCGGAAAGAAUAGAAGCUCUUCUUCAUAAACUUGAAAUCCAGAUGAAACACCAGACCACCAGCUUUGGACUUGGCCUCGCUUUAAACCUCGCUUCUGCCUGGAACCAUGAUAGCGAUCCUGUGGAUCAAUUGAAAAUGGAAGACAAGAUAAGUCAAUUCAGACAAUGCCUUAAAGAGAACCCCAAGUUCCUUCAAGACAAAGUCCAACAAUAUUUUCAGAACAAUCCGCACCGGAUGAGUUUAAGCAUGAGUCCCGACGAGGAAUACUACAAGAAGCGAGCGGAGCAGGAAGCCGAGAAACUGAGCCAAAAGGUCAAAGCUUUGUCUGAAGAAGAAAGAAAACAAAUAUAUGAGAAAGGGUUGGAAUUGUUAGAACUGCAGAGUAAACCUCACGACGCGUCCUGUUUGCCUGCGCUCAAAGUGUCUGAUAUCGAACCUCGUAUCCCUUUUACCGAUUUGGAAAUAGCCUACGCAGGUGAUGUCCCCGUCCAGUACUGUGCUCAGCCGACCAACGGGAUGGUGUAUUUCCGAGCGGUAUCCAGCCUAAACACGCUACCCGAGGAGCUCCGGCCAUACGUCCCCCUCUUCUGUUCAGUCGCUACAAAGAUGGGUAGCGGUGUUUAUAAUUAUCGGGAACAAGCCCAGCAAAUUGAGCAAACUACAGGGCAGAUGUCAGUGUCCCCGCUCAUCGUCACAGACGACUCCAAUCUGGACUCUUACGAGCAGGGGGUGCUCUUCUCAUCAUCAUGCUUGGACAGGAACAUGCCUGAUAUGAUGCAUCUCUGGAGUGAAAUAUUUAACAAUCCCCAUUUUGAUGAUGAGGAGCGCCUGCGGGUUUUAGUGCGCAUGAGCGCCCAGGAAUUGUCUAACGGGAUCCCCGAUGCGGGGCAUCUGUAUGCCGCUGUACGGGCCAGCAGAACCCUUUCCCCGUCUGGAGAACUUCAGGAACUCUUCAGUGGGAUGGAUCAGGUAAACUUGAUGAAAAGGAUUGCUGAAAUGCCGGACCUGAGCUCUCUGCUGCGCAAGCUGUCACGCAUCCGGAAGUACAUUCUGCUUGGUGACAGCAUCCGGUGUUCAGUGAAUGCCACCUCGCAGAUGAUGCCUGCUGCGGCAAAAGAAGUCGAGCACUUUUUGGCGAGUAUCCACAAGAACCGGAAAGAGCGCAAGCCGGUCCGACCCCAUAUAUUGGAGAAAUACUCAAGUCCUCCUGGAAGUGAAAGUCCGCAAAAAAUCACCCGAAAGCUGAUUUGUGAUCCAACCUUCAAGCCUUGUCAGAUGAAGACACACUUUUCCCUCCCCUUCCCUGUAAACUAUAUUGGUGAAUGUAUUCGAACUGUCCCGUACACAGCCCCGGAACAUGCCAGCCUCCGGAUACUCGCCAAGCUGAUGAGCAGCAAGUUCCUUCACGGGGAGAUCCGGGAGAAGGGCGGGGCUUACGGGGGAGGAGCCAAGGUCGGCUUCGAUGGAAUCUUCACGUUCUACUCUUAUCGGGAUCCAAAUUCGUUGUCAACGCUGUCCACAUUCGAAAAGUCCAUUGAAUGGGCAAAAUGUGGUAAAUUUACCCAGGAGGACAUCAAUGAAGCCAAACUGUCUGUAUUUUCUCAAGUGGAUUCUCCUAUUGCUCCUAAUUUAAAAGGCAUGAAUCUGUUUUUAAAUGGAGUCAGCGAUGAGAUGAAGCAGAGGCACAGAGAGCAGCUGUUUGCUGUCAGCCAUCCAGACCUGGUCAGCGUUGCAGUAAAGUAUCUAGCUGUUGGUCAGCGGCCUUAUGGAACCGCCAUCCUGGGCCCAGAAAACGCCGCCAUAGCCAAAGAUCCAUCCUGGAUAAGUCGUUAAAAUCAACCCUGACGAAGAUAAAACUAUAUUUAUAUAAAACAAAAAUGAGUAAAACAUUUUAGUCUCUAGAAUAUUUAAAUUUAUAUAUCUUAUCUUACCCUUAGGCUGUUUUUUUAUGUCUUAAUAUUUCUAUAGUGCCAAAUAAAUGCCAUAACUCUC